UAGGUUAUUUUCAAACUGUUCAGGAGUCAGGACUCGGACCAGAUAUAUCUAACAACCAAUGUCAGUCAAAUAGGUCAACGUAUUUACAACAAGGAUUGCGCCCUAGGCCUGCAAUAAAACUAUUACCACAAUCAGUCCAUUAGAAAAAUAAAAAUAUUUCAACUGCGAGAAAAUUAGGCCGGCGAAAUUUUGAAGAAAAAAAACGAAAUUUCUACCAGGACAAAUAGGAGCCACAUUCGAUAAAUUAGGGGCGGCCUCCACGUGAAAAUUCCAUUUAAUUUCGUGAAAAAUAUUGAAAGCACGAAUGAAUUUUGCGAGGUAACGAAAUCACCGCACAUAUACAGACACAAGCCUCGGGCAAAAAAACGUCCAAAUUAAUUGGACUAUAGAGCUUUUCGCAAGGGAUACAUAAUUCAGUCGAAUUGUGAUGUGAACUGUGAGCCCACAACGACGUAAGAUUGGCAAAUGACAGGAAGUAAUACCAAGCCUUAGUAAUGCACUAUACGUCGAAACCAAGUCAUACCGAAAGGUCGAAUGGUGCUGGUAUUCUCAGUCGCAUGAGACAAAGUUUAGGCAAAGCCUGGAAGAGAACUAGGAGCGAACCCUCAAUGUCGACGAAUGCACCAAAUGUUAGGCCCUCGGUAUCUAAAAGAAUGGGUGACAACGGAUGGUUGUCCUAUUUUACUCAACGAUCGUUGAGAUCAUCAAAUACCUCCAUACGGUCAGGAUACCAGCAUUCGCAGUCACUUGACCGACCACGUAAAAUACGAAGAACUGUUAUCACUGAAAAGAUUAACAAAAACGAAUUCGAUUGUCCAUCUACUGAAAAGGAAUAUUGUUCACAGGCUCGCCAAGCUUUUAGCAGGAGAUCUAUUUCGAUGCCGAAUCCCGACGAUAUGGUUUCUAAACGUGAUCUAAGGAGAUCUGUAUCAUCAAAAGAGCUUAGUGGAACACUGGGACAAAAUGGAAUAAACUCCAACAGGGAUUUUCGAACACAGGAAGAAAGAAUAGUUGAGCAAACAAAAGACUUCUGUCGUGAUGUAAUCGUUCAAAAAUUAAAAAGAAAUAAUUUAAUACACAGAGUCAAAAUUGCUAGGCCGGCAUGUCCUGAUCAAUGGUUACUGCGAGAUAUUCAUGCAAUGUGUAAUGAAUUAGAAAGAAGAAAUCAUGGCCUAUGCAAAAAUUUAUCAAAGCAGCUCGGAAUUACUCUACGUUCAGAAGAAGUUUUGCGGAAAGUGUUUUUUGAAAUUUCUCUUGAAAUAAUAUCAACAUAUGUUAGUGCUAAACAGACACCGACAAAAACGCCAUCGAAAAACAAUUCCAGAGGAUUAAAUUCGAGGACAGACUCAGAAGAAAAUCAAAGGGAGAAAGAACAAGAAGUAACCUGGGGAAGAAUAAUGGGAAUUCUUGUUAUAUCUGGAGCAUUUUCAAUUGACUGCAUCAAGCAAGGGCAUUCAGAAUUGGUCGAUGAACUUAUUGAAAUAUGUGGAGAUUUUUUUCAAAGUGAGGGAUUAGUGGACUGGAUCAUGGCUCAUGGUGGUUGGGAAAAACUAUCGGAAAAGAGCUCUUGCGGGACUAAAGACAAAUACGAUACUGCGAAUGCAUGGAACAUAUUUCUUGUGUCAGCAUGUGUUGUUGCUUCCCUCGCUUUUGGUGUAGGGUUCAGUAACUUAACGGCCGCUGGAGGCUGAUGAAAAGAAACAAAUAUAAUCUGGAAAAGGUACUGUUUGAGAUUGCGGAAAAUACGCACUUUUCCAAAAUCAGCAAAAUGUGUGCCAAAACGAAGGGCCCCAGCGAGUACAAGGAAAAGUAAUAACCCUCUGGCGAAUACUUCAAUAUUUCCACUGCUGAAAAUUUAUGGCAAUUUGUGAGGUAUUUUUGUUGUCUCAAAUACAAUAUAUACAUAUAUAUAUAUACAGUAUUCUGAAAAAAUGCACGAAAGUCAAAUUAGCGUGCAAAAUAUGAUAUUUAUUUUGAGGAUUGUCAGUAUUAUGAUAAUUCCGAGUUCAAGUAAUCGGUAACGUAUCAUGCAAUCUUGACUUCAUGGUAUUUCUGUUGGAAUGUACAUCUAUUUUACCACUGUUAUAAUAAAAUUCAGAUAACAAAUA